GAGGUUGAAGGACAAAACAAAAUUGAGUAUGAAGAAUCCUCUAUACGCCACUGUCAACAAAACCUAUAACAUUGAACAUUGUCAUUUCGAACCCUCUUUGGUUAUUGUUUUUCACAUUCGCUGAGGAGCGAAAAUAAGGGCGUUUUGGGUUGCGACGGUGUUGCCGGCGGCGACUUUGGAGACGGUGUCAUAAGUUACGAGAGAGAAUAAAAAUAUAUUUUAGCUUAUAAAAAAUAAUUUUUGUUUUUAAUACACGAGUUUCAAAAUUCCUCCAAAAUUCACUUUAAAAAAAAUCCCCCAAAAUUAACCAAAACAAUUUUCCGAACCCAAAACGACACCCAGUCACAACCCCUAACGCAACGAAGCCAAUUUACAUGAAUCAAAACUCGUAGUAUAAAUUCGAUUGGUGUCAUUAACCCCAGUUUCUUCAUCUCUGCAUAUGAAUAAUCGUAUUGAUUUCAAUCUUUGCUGUAUCGAACAUCUCUGUACACUUCAUUCCCAAAGCCACUCUUUUCUCUGCUGUUUCGGCACUGUUUUGAGUAGGUAGAUGAGGAAAAAGGAUUAACCAAAUUUGAGUGGGCAUCAAAGUUGGCAUAGCAGAAGUGGAAUCAGCUCUUGUUUCAAGCAACAGGAACAUGGAUGCACAAGCCAAGAAAAAAGCAUUGUUUCGUGCUAAAUUGAAUGCCCAAAAGAAGAAAAAGCGCAUAGAAUCUCCCCUUGUAAGGUAUAAUGAAUUUGAUCUACCUGUUUGCCGGGUUUGUGAUGUUGUUCUAAAGUCUGAGUCUUUAUGGGAUGCACACCAAGUUUCUCGUAAGCAUCGUGAGGCAAUAAGUAAUCUGAAAGCUAAUGCAGCUGGAUUAACUCAGCAUAACAUUGCAAAGCCUGUUGCUGAUACUAGCUUUUCCAAGGCUAAACCUGAACAUUCUUUGGACUCACAAUCCAAAGCGCCAGAAGCUUCACAAGUAGUUUCUAAACCUCAAUCAUCAUCAGUGCUUCCACCAGGAUUUUUUGAUGACAGUAAUUCAGGAAAAACAAGAUCUGAACAUUUAGUGGACUCUGAUUUAGGUAGAAAAGCUGGGGUUUCUGCUCAAAGUCAGGUGUUAAACUUGGAGAAGGAGAAAGGUCAUUUUCAUGACAAUAAUGCUGCAAAGUCAAAUGUUGGUCAAGCCGCAAUGGAGAGUAGACAGACACCAGUCAAGUCUACUGAUACAGAGAUCCAGCAAAUAAAAGGGACUCUGCCUGAAGGAUUUUUUGACAAUAAGGAGGCUGAUUUGCGUGCUCGUGGCAUAAAGCUUGUGAAGCCAGAUGUCAAAGAUGAGUACAAGGAAUUUGAGAAGUUGAUUCAAGAAGACUUGCGGGAGGUGGACGACCGGUUGGAAGAAGAAGAGAUUGAUGCGGCCGAAAUGAUAGAAGAGGAGGAAGUUGUAGAGCAAAAGAUACUUAGCGAGAAAGUGGAAAUGUUGAAGAAGAGGAGAUUGGAGCUAAAAGCUGCUAAUGCUGCAAAGCGUAGUAAAUCAUCUGAGAUUGUAGCCAAGGAGUCUAGACGAGAAGAGCCAUCCAGUGAUGAUGAAAGUGAAGGGAAUUUGGCCGUGGACUGGAGAGCACAACACUUGUGAUUUGUGAAUACUUUGCUAAUUUUUUCCUUCUAUUUCUUUAAUUCCAUUACUGGAAUAUAAUAUCUACACAAUUAUCAGAUGUUGUAUGUACAAUUCUAGUUAUCAUUCUCUUAUCUAUGUUUAUCCGAUAUUUCUUUCCUAUUUA